AUGGUCGGUCGCGACGGCGGUGGUGGUGGUGGUCGCAAAACCCUUCUUGCACCAAUUCAUUUCAUCUUCAGCCUUCUACAAAAGCGCUCGACGGUGUUAAUAUGGCUCUAUGAAAAUCUACACACGCGUAUUGAGGGCAAAAUCAGGGGCUUCGAUGAAUUCAUGAACCUUGUCAUUGACGAUGCGAUCGAAGUACAAUUAGCCACGAGAGAUGCUCCAGAAAAGAGGCGACAGCUCGGACAAAUCUUGCUCAAAGGAGACAACGUCUCGUUGAUCCAGUCUUUGAGUUGA